CGGAGUAUAAAUCAUUUAAUAAAAAAUAAAAAAAUACAAAUAAAGAAAAAGAUUCAUUUCUUUCUUUUUUUUUUCAUACACAUAAUGGGUAAACAAAAAACAAAGCAAGCACUUCCUCUUCAUAAGAUUAUUAUGGUUGGUUCUGGAGGUGUUGGUAAAUCAGCUUUAACGUUACAAUAUAUGUAUGGAGAUUUUGUUGAGGAAUAUGAUCCUACAAAAGCUGAUUCAUAUCGUAAGAAAGUCGUUUUAGAUGGUCAAGAAUGCCAAAUUGAUAUACUAGAUACAGCAGGUCAAGAAGAAUAUGCAGCUAUUAGAGAUAACUAUUAUAGGUCCGGUGAAGGUUUUCUUUGUGUAUUUUCUGUUUGUGAGCAAGAAUCGCUUGAGCAUACUCAAGAAUUUCGUGAUCAGAUUUUACGAGUAUUAGAUGACGAAUCGAUUCCUUUUAUUUUAGUUGGUAAUAAGGUUGAUUUAGCUCAUUUACGAAAAGUAGAUGCUUCAGAGGCAAAAGCAUUAGCUAAUGACUGGCGCUGUCCUUAUAUAGAAACAUCUGCUAAAACAAGACAAAAUGUUGAAGAAGUUUAUACAAUGUUGAUGCGACAGAUUAGAGAUAGAAAGGCUAAACAGCAGCAACAAAGCAGUCCAGAUAAAGAUUCUUGUUGUAUUAUUCUUUAAAGUCUCUCCUUUAAAGUCUCCUUUGUUUCUUUCCUUUUUUUUUUGUGCCCUUAUUUCCUCGUGUAUUAUUCAUUUCAAUGCAGUAAAAAAAAAAAAAAAAAA